AUGGCCAAGGUAUUCGAUGCAGCAGAAGUCGCAAAACACAACACCCGCGAGAGCUGCUGGGUGAUUCUAUACGGGAAGGUCUACGAUGUAACCGAUUUUCUAUCCGAGCACCCUGGUGGUGCGAAAAUCAUCUUGAAACUAUCGGGCAAAGAUGCCACUGAAGAGUACGACCCUAUCCACCCUCCCGGUACUCUCGAGGGGGAACUUAAACCCGAAUGCUGCCUGGGAACCGUGGACGCGAGCACAUUACCAAAGGAAGAUGCCUCUGCCAAGCCCCAAGAAUCUGCGCAGGGGCCGCCUCCUAUGGAGACCCUUCUCAACUUGGACGAAAUCGAGGAAGUGGCCACGAAGCAAAUUAGCCAGAAAGCAUGGGCAUACUAUUACUCGGCAGCUGACGAUAUGGUUUCUAAACGCUUUAAUAACGAGGUGUACAAGUCUAUUCUGUUGCGACCUAGAGUAUUUGUGGAUUGCACAAAAUGCGACUUGGACACAUCAGUUUUGGGACAUAAGUUGGGUAUGCCCAUCUAUGUCUCUCCUGCUGCUAUGGCUCGUCUUGGACACCCGUCUGGUGAGGCCGGUAUUGCAGAGGCAUGCCGUAGCUUUGGUGCAAUGCAGAUCAUUUCCAACAAUGCUUCAAUGACGCCAGAACAGAUCGUCAAGGAUGCAUCUCCUGAUCAGGUCUUUGGAUGGCAGCUCUAUGUUCAAAUUGAUAAAAGGAAGAGCGAGGCGAUGCUUGCACGUAUCAAUAAGCUGAAGAGCAUCAAGUUCAUUGUUCUCACUUUGGAUGCUCCGGUUCCAGGAAAGCGUGAAGACGACGAGCGCAAUAGUAUCGCGGGGGCUGCGACAUCUGUGCCUAGUGGUGUAAAGGCCGCCGAGCGUACCUCAGAUGAUACACCUGAUGUUUCUGGGGGAUCAGGUGGUGUUGGCCAGCAGCUCUUUGCCGGCACGGAUCCCUCCUUGACAUGGCAGGAAACUCUGCCUUGGCUGGCUAGACAGACGGAUCUUCCAAUCGUUCUGAAGGGCCUGCAAACUCACGAAGAUGCAUAUCUCGCCUCCCUCCACACACCGCAAGUGAAGGGUAUCAUUCUUUCAAACCACGGUGGUCGCGCCUCAGACACCGCACCACCGGCCGUGCACACUCUGCUAGAGAUUCGGAAAUACUGUCCCGAGGUAUUCGAUAAGCUCGAGGUCUAUGUGGAUGGCGGUAUCAGACGCGGUACAGAUGUCGUCAAAGCUCUCUGUUUAGGCGCCAAGGCUGUAGGCAUUGGCCGAGGCGCUCUCUGGGGGCUUGCUGCCGGUGGUGUAGAUGGUGUCCGCCGGACAUUGCAGAUUCUCGCCGACGAGAGCAAGACUGCCAUGCGUCUACUAGGUGUGGAGACGGUUGAUAAGCUGGGCCCGCAACAUAUCAACACUCGCAUGGUCGAGCAACAAAUUUACGAUGGGCCUUCAGGCCUGGAGUCAUUACGAAGUGCGUUCCGAGCGAAGCUUUAG